CACCCAAAUCUGAGAGUCAACAGAGUGAUGUGGCAGAAGACGACAUACAUGCACACUACGCAUAAAUAGGAUCGAGAGGGGAUUUGUUUUCAUCGGGAUAUAUUUGUUGAUUGUUAUUUGGAGUUUCCGGUGGGGAACGGUUGUCGACCAUCAACAGGUCGGUCGCUGCGGACUUUGCCGGGGAGACGAGGCCGAUGUCAAAAGAGGGGAAGCCGAUGAGCGUGUGUCUGCAUCCUCUGGGAGGAGGAGCGGCGGCCGCCCCGGAGCGGCAGCCCGUCUGCGUUUUUGGGACGGGAGACAUGGGACGCUCGCUGGGCCAGCGCCUGCUGCAGACGGGCCACGAGGUCGUGUACGGCAGCCGCAGACCGCUCGGCUGCGGCCCACUGCCUCGAGGAGCUCAGGUGAUGAGCUACGCGGCCGCAUCCCAGUUGGCCAGCGUGGUCUUCGUAUGCGUACACAGAGAACAUUACGGCUUCAUGGAGACACUCGGGUCACAACUGGACGGGAAGGUGCUGGUCGACGUCAGCAACAACCCCGAGAAGAAUCUGUACCCGGAGGCCAACGCUGCGUAUUUGCAGAGUUUACUUCCCGGAUGUCACGUGGUGAAAGCCUUCAACACCUUGUCCGCCUGGUCUCUUCAGAACGGACCCUCAGACGCUUGUCGACAGGUGUACGUGUGCGGCAACAGUACCGAGGCCAAGCGGGCCGUCGCCGAGGUGGCCACCAAGAUGGGCCUCGCCGUUUUGGACCGGGGCUCUCUGUCGGCGGCCCAGGAACUGGAGGACUUCCCCCUGCAGCUGUUCCCCGAGUGGAGGCUGCCGCUCCAAAUCGCCGUCGGCCUCGCCGCCUUCUUCUUUUUCUACGUUGUCAUCAGAGACGUCGUGUACGCCUACGCGGUGCAGGGCAAAGACAUCUCCUUCAGAAUUAUGGUCUCCCUGGCCAACAAGGUGUGCCCCAUCGUGUCGCUCAUCAUGUUGUCCUUGUGUUACCUGCCUGGCAUCAUGGCCGCCUUCCUGCAGAUCUACAGGGGAACCAAGUACAAGCGCUUCCCUGAUUGGCUGGACCGCUGGAUGCUGUGCAGGAAGCAGCUGGGACUGCUGGCUCUGGGUUUUGCCUCUCUGCACGUCCUCUACACGCUCAUCAUCCCAAUUAGAUAUUAUGUGAGAUUCAAGGGUUGGGACUACGUUAUCACGCAGGUCAAGGAGAACCAAACGUCAAAGUUCGACACGACAGUGGCCUGGAGAUCGGACUCUUACCUUUCGGUGGGCAUUUUGGGAUUCGGCCUGUACGUCCUGCUGGGAAUAACAUCCCUGCCUUCCGUUAGCAACGCCCUCAGCUGGAGAGAAUUCAGCUACGUACAGUCGAAGCUGGGCUACCUGACUUUAUUCCUGUGUACCCUUCACACUUACCUGUACGGCUGGGACAGGUUCCUGCGGCCCUCCACGUACAAGUGGUACAUGCCGCCAGGCUACGUGCUGAGUCUGGCGGUGCCCUCUGCGGUGCUGGCGCUGAAGCUGCUGCUCCUCCUCCCUUGCGUGGACCGGACGGUCACCCGCAUUCGUCGGGGCUGGGAGAGGACCGACCCCGAGGAGGAGAAAACACUGUUAACGUAAGAACGGCGCGGCGGAAGACACAGGGGGUCGGGGGGGGGGUCGGAAUUGACGGACAUUAACAGUGAAAACAGAUGGCGAUUUUGUAUUUGGGGCAAGCGGGGAAGUGCCCCACCAGGCCUCGCAGAUGGCACUUGGGUGACUUGUUGCUUUUUCUCACGCAGCAGUGAUUCAGAUGUGAAAUUAUUGGACAUUAAGAAAAAUCAUAAUCUCAAUUUCAGGGAUGAGAAUGACCAAUUUUGGGGGUGUGCCCCCCUUCGGGCGUGAACAUUUUUCAUAAAACACACUGUUAAAUGGUGACCUCUGGUCACUUCUAACAGUGUAAAUACAGGGCAAUCAUAAAAUUUUGAAAAUUUAAAAUAUGAGUCCAGACAACCAAAAUAAUUUUGCCAAACUUCAGACAUAAAAAUGUAGACUGAGGGGAACUUAUAUCAAAUAGGCUACUGCACUUACUGGUUAAACUUCAGAAAUAAGCACACAAGUAAUUUAUUUAUAUACUGUGUGUAUAUAUAUAUAUAUAUAUAUAUAAUUAUGAGACACAGAGAGAGAGAGACAUCAUGAAAUUUAAAUGUGAGUGAUAAAAUGCAUGAUCUACAGGGCCAGUGCUACAGAUAGGCCUAAUGUUUUUAACAGUUGUCAAUGAUAUAAUUGAGAAAUUUACGUCCAUCUUACCUUUGGGUUUCCCGGUUCGGAUACCCUCCUGGAUAUUUUUUGCUCCUCGGCUUCCAUAAUUGAUCGUAUCGGAACACAGAGUGCACAGCACUUUGCCGGAAAGGCCCACUUUUUGUACGUGUUCGGUUAAAGACGUCGAUACAGUUUUCAUUCCUAUCUGCACAAUUACACAUUUUUCAAGCCAUGCCCAUCUGAAACAGUUUUUCACCCCGUGUUUUUUUAUCAAUUUCCCCGGCACGAGCUUCAUCUUUUCGUUCCAAGACUUUUGCCAUACUGGCAAACAUGAAGAGCGCUUGAUAACAUAUGUGUACGUAUGUCUAUAAGUUAUAUCUCUGCUGUAGUGAACAGAAUGCUACUCUGUGAAAUGUUCGCCAAAAAGCUGCCGGAAAUCGUAAUGUUGUCAUUACAAACACCAAAUUCAAUGCAAACAGAUAGCAACGCCGUUUUCCGCUAUCACGGCUGCGACUAAUUUCACGACGAGUGUUGCCGAUAGAUGCUAGCGGCAGCGAGUCUUGACCACAGCAUCAUCCCUUGUCUAGCCGUAACCCCCCCCCCCACACACAAAUUUUCUCAACACGUUUCACGAAAAUGACAUUUUCAGCUGAAAAAACUUCAAAUUCCGCGAAUCCACGGAAAAUUAUCAUCCCUGCAAUUUAUAGCAUGAUUUUUAAGGUUCGUCAGUGUGAUUUUUUUUUUUUUUAAUGUGUCUGCUUUGAGGGCCGUCGGGUAUGAAAGUUGGAUAGCAUUUUAUUUUUAAAUACUGGGUGUAGCGUCGCAAGUAAUCAUUCCCCAUGAAUUCAGCCUUCAAGUGGCUGUUAAAAAAACAAACAAAAGAAAAAUUCAAAACAUUUCAUUGAUUAUAUGAAUUAAAAUAUGCGUUUGUAAAUGCAAAUAACCGGAGGCGAACAAGUAUCCUGUGCUGUAGUGGUGUUUAUUAUUCUGCUGCCUGGUACUGCACGCAUGGAUGGACACUCGUGAAAGUAUCGAGAAAAGCUAAAGGGCAAGCCACAAUAUAUUAAAACGUCAGUCAUGUGCAUUUUUUUUUUUUUUAAUUUACCGGGAAUUUGUGUAAAUCUCUUGCGGAAUCACCUUCCGGACUGUUCUUUGAAUCGUGUUUGCCUUUUCAAAGCUCAAGUAAAUAAAAAGCAUCUGGACGUCAGCACGUUGCCGCAACGGGCAUCAGUAUCAUAAGCGUCAGCCGCACGGUUCCCGAGCAGAUAUUACAUAAUUUUGCAUCGAGGCCAGAAUGCGAGCACUUUGAAUUCAUUUAAUAACAUAAUUUUCAAACAUCAAAGGAAGAAAGCAUACUGGGGUUGAAAAAAAAAAGCAAUAAUUAGUACAGUACGGUUCCCUUGAGUUUUUUCUUUUCAUUUGUGUAAUGCAUGUUUUUUUUAAUCUGUCUGUUUCCUUAAUUGUAAUUAUUUUUUGCUUUGUCUGUAGAGGUAUUACUUAUUAUUAAAAGAAACUAUAAAGUUGCA